AUGAUUGUGGUUCGUGUGAAGCAAGAAAAUCUACAGGUAGGCCAAGAAAAACGACCAAGAGAGAAGAUCGUGCUAUGGAUAAAAUUUGUUCUAUUGUUUUUUUACCAUUGUGUGACCUCGUUCUUUUAUUUUAUUUUUCUUUCUACGGACUUUUCUUCCUCUUUCUCCUUCUUCUUCUCCUCCUCCUCCUCAUCCUACACUCCUACUACUAAUACUUUCUUUUCCUCGUUUCUUUUCCUCUUUUUUCUCUUCUUCAUUCCUGGUUUUCUUUCUUUUUAUUCCUUUUCUUCUUUUCUUUAUUCGUCAUCGUCGCCGUUCGUAGCGUUCUUUUCUACUGUUUGCCUUUCUCUUUGUCUCCUUCUUCCCCGUCAUCCUUCGUCUCCACUUCCUCUUCAAAUUCUUCUCUCUUUUUAUUGUCUUAACCACCUCUGGAAGGAGAGAAAAAAAGAAAAGAAGAGAAGAAAUAUUUUUCCAAUUCCUCCUCCCUCUCUUUCCGUUUAUUAUUUCUUUCUUCCAAAGCUUCAUCCUUUUUUAUUCUCACAUUACUACUCUUUUCUCCUCCUUCUUCACUUUUCUUCUGCCUUUAUUUUCGCCCUCUGCUCUCUUUUUCUUCUUUUGUCCGUAUUUCUUUUUCCUUCCUUUUCUUCGCAUCUUUUUCUUCUUCAUUUUUCUACUUUCUUUUCCCAUCCUUCUGUCUCAUUUUACUCUUCUUCCUCUUCAUCGUCUUUAUUUAAUUUCCCUUCGCCUCCUUUUCCUAUAGAUCUUCCUGACUAA